GAAAAUGGCGGGGCUUCGGCUGUUUUCGUUGCGUCAUGCUGCUUGUGUGCCUGACCAGAACCAGCUACCCUUGUGGCGGAACUUCACUUGUCCACCACAUCACCAGGUCGAACUUUUGCCACUGCAGAUUUUGCACUGCGGUUUGGUUGAUUGCAAAACUUUUGAGACAUUCACCACAGUCUGACCACUAGAAGGGACUAUUUCACCACUGCCGCCGACCAACAAACGAAAACGUACGGCGCGGGGGCAAACGACGAGACGCGGGAAGCUACUUGACACCCUCAACAACCAGUACAAUUUUGAUAAACCCGUCGGAAAUUGGGCAACAUGGAUGAGGAGGCGUCGACUUUUGUCGCCAUCACAGGCUCCAGCGAUGAGGUUGCUCGUGGCUUCCUCGAACUUGCAGGUGGUAACUUUGAGCGCGCCGUGGAGAUGUUCUAUGAGAACCCUGAUCUAGUCUCUGGCAUGCGGGCUGGUGCAUCGACUACUGCAGCUGCAUCUAGUGGACGCCCACAACGCCAAGGGGGGCCAAGCACAUCAAGGAAAGUUGGCCGUGAGGACGCCAGCGGCGUGAUACACAUUAGUGACGACGAUGACGAUGACGACGGCGACGAGUAUAUGGAAAUGGACGACGAUAUCGAUAGCGACAACAACCAUGAUGAUGAUGCUGUAGCAGCAGCCCACGCUGCAAACAUGGCACAAGAAGAGGAGGAUGCUGCUAUGGCUAAGCGGCUACAGGAGGAACUAUACCAACAAGGAGGAGCUGGGCCGGCUGGCGAAGACGUUCGCGCGCCGAUUGCCAGAACAACAGAAACAUUGAUUGCUCCUAAUGCAUCGUGGGGGGACGAUGACGAUGAUGCAGACAUGCAGCAUGCCUUUUUGGAGCAGCUUAGACGGAGACAACGUGCAAACCAGCGAACUGCAGCGGGCCCGUUUAGCCAAGGAAUUUGGUCUGACGGUAACCCGCUGACUGGCUCUCGGGACAGCAGCUCGCACUCGAGACGACUUGAAGAUCUAUUCCGGCCGCCACACGACCUUAUGGCACGGCUGGAGUGGGAAGAAGCCCGCCAGCUUGGCAAAGAAGACAAGAAGUGGAUCUUGGUCAACCUACAGGAUAUGAGCGACUUUAACUGCCAAGCCCUGAAUCGUGAUAUCUGGAAGGACGAAGCGAUCAGAGAGUUGGUUAAAGAAAACUUCUUGUUUUUGCAGUACGACAAGGAUUACCCUGAUGCGCAAGAGUACAUAACAUUCUACUUUCCGAAUCGAGGACACGAGAAUCCCGACAACUACCCUCAUGUGUCUAUUGUCGAUCCCCGAACCGGAGAACAAGUCAAAGUCUGGAGCGGCCGACCAUUUCCCAAGGCAGCCGAGUUUCAUGCCGAGUUGGCAGAGUUUCUUGAUCGCUACAGUCUUGCAGCGAACAGCAAGAACCCGGUUGCUAAAGCUGGAGCCCCAAAACCCAAGGUCAUUGAUGUGGACCGCAUGACGGAGGAAGAGAUGCUGGAGAUGGCUCUCAAGAACAGCAUGGCCGGAGCGUCUGGGUCUACGGGCGAAAGCAGUGGUGCAGCAUCUACACCGAAUAUUGUAGACCCGGAUUCGUUGACCAAGGCAACAGCAACCACGCAUGACGGAGCUCAGGAUGCCGAAAUGGAGGCUGAUGAGAGCGACGAGUUUGCCCAGAUUGCGUCCGACGAGCCGCACUCUGAGCCAGAUAACAACCCUGCAACGACAACAAGGAUCCAGUUCCGUCACCCUACUGGCCGAGUGAUUCGACGAUUCGCUGUUGCCGACCCUGUCCGUCGCAUCUUUGAGUGGCUCAAGGCAGAGCCGUUGGAGGGCUACGAUGGGGUGAAGUUUGAGCUGAAGAAGAUGCCUCAAGGGCAGGACUUGUUAGGCAGCUUGGAUGCCUCCAUUGAAGAAUCCGGUCUGAAGCAGGGCACGGUCAUGAUUGAAUUCAUUCAGGAUUAGGUACAUAGCGGCAGCGGUCAGCCAGUUUACUGACUGUCUGUGACGUGCCAAUUUCGCUAUAUAAGACUAGACGCGCGUUGUAGAUAGACGAAGCACCCAAUUGGGCAAGCAAAAUGCAGGAAUAGAUAUGCAUUAAUGAACAUAAAUAACACAAAAGUCCCUGGCAUAAGACGGAAAAAAAACGCAAAAGGAAAAAAAAACUGUGACCAUGCACAAUGCACAAUGCACAAAGCGCAACGGCAUAAUACAAGAGUAAUUAAUGAAAUACAAGGCUGUUGGAAUGGUGGUGGACCAGCGAGGACCCUUUGCAAGUCAGCACAGCGGGAUGAUGGUGAGACAAGGGCAGGCGAGCGAUACCUGGAAAGAUUGAAAUAAAAU